AAACAAACAAAAAGCCAUUUAUAGUUAUAACUUCCUGAAAUUUUGCGCCACGCUUAAAGUUGAUCUAGUUCUUUUUCCUUACAUUUCAACAUAAUCAGAUUUGUAGUGCAAAAUGUCCGAUGAUAGUGCGAUUGAGAUGGAGUUAGUACCAACUUCAGAAUCUGAAGUUCCCGUUGAAGCUAAAAAGCGAAUUCACGAAGACGAAGACGAAAACUGUUCUCCCGAUGACGCCAAAAGACAAAAGACUGAAGGAGUCAACCGUUCCGGUUCGCCUUGUUCACCAACUCCGGUUCCCACACCUAAAUCUACAACUUCAGCUCCUUCUCCUUCAGGGUCAGCGACGAAGAAUUCCAUAACUCCUACAAGCUCUUCGAAUAGUUUAUCGAUUGCACCACCGGCAACUAGUUUAUAUACCCCUCCAGCGACCGCCACAGUUUUCUCUAAAUCUUCUUGGUUAGAUAAAAUGCCCGCAUUACAUUUAAAUGACGCCCAAAAGGCAGCAUUAGAUAAAGCAAAAGCUUUUGCAAAAGAAAUGCAAUCGGUGUUACUUAAUUCUGCUGGAAGUAAUCAUUCUCCACCGCCACUUCCCACUCUUCUUUUAUCGUCUAAUCCUGGAUUGGCUUCUGGAAUAGAUCCUCGGUCUCUCUCUGUAUUAUCACGCAUUUAUGUUGGCUCUAUUAACUUCGAAUUAACCGAACAGCAUUUACGCGUAGUUUUUGGUCAAUUUGGCGCAAUUAAAAGCGUUAGUAUGUCUUUAGAUACACUAACUGGAAAACAUAAAGGAUUUUGUUUUAUUGAAUUUGAAACUCCAGAAGGUGCUUCUCUGGCCCUUGAUUCAAUGAAUGGUGCCGAAUUAGGUGGAAGACAGCUUAAAGUUGGUCGUCCUAAUAAUUAUACAGCUGCAACCGCUGCUGACAAUGUAGGAUUGUCUCCACCUCCAAAAACUCGAAUAUAUGUAUCAAAUGUUAACGAAUAUGUGAGUGAGGAGGACUUAUUGAGUAUAUUUGAAUCAUUUGGUAAAAUCAAUCAUUGUGCUCUGAUGCCUGAUCUCAUAACAAGAAAGCAUAAAGGAUAUGGGUUCAUUGAAUUUGAAGAUGAAUCUUCUGCUAGUACAGCUGUAACUUCCAUGAACAAUUUUGAAUUAGGAGGUUUAAUUCUACAUGUAGGGAAAGCAGUGAUUGGAGGGCCUCUUAGUGAAGGGAUGAAAGCUAUAGAAAAGUUACCUCCUCUGCCAGCGGGAGCUACUCCACCUCCACCUAUUGUAACAUCACCCUCUGUUUCUGCUGCGGCGGCAGCAGCUAAAGCGCAGAAUGCUGCAGCAAAAAUUGCAGCUGAUCUUGCAGCAAGAGGUCAAACUGCAGUUGAAUCAGUAGCACAAGAGGAGAAUAUGAGUAUUAGUGCCAGUCAGCGUUAUGCUAUCAUGCAGAAAUUAGCGAGACAAGAGUCAUCACCGGUAGUUGUUAUAAAGAAUGCAGUUGCACCUUCUGAAGUUGAUGAUACUUUAGAAGAUGAAUUUAAAGAAGAGUGCAGCAAUUAUGGUAAUGUUGAAAGAGUAGUAGUUUAUGUUGAUUCGGAAGAAAUUUUUGAAAGUGAACGAGGGUUGGUUAAAAUUUUCGUGGAAUUUGAUGACGAAAAUGCUGCUGAAAAGGCUAAAGAAAAGUUGGAUGGUCGUUGGUUUGGCGGACGUCGUAUAAAUGCAUCUUUAUUCGAUCUUAAAAAAUUUCAAACGGGAGAUUAUUCUAAUUGACGAAAAUUCAAUCUUACAUUCACAAAAUUGUACCAUUCAUUGUUAUAGAAAUCAUAGGAAUGCAAAAUAUUUAUAAUUAUGAGACUUGGAUUAUUAUUGAAUGAAAUUGUGAAAAUUUAGAAUUCUUGGCAUAGUAAUGAUUUUUAUUUCUAGAAACAAAAAAAAGGUUAUGAACCUUUAGUUGAUGAAUAUUAUGUAAAUAUAAGUUAUGGAACAAUAUUAAUAGUUAAUAUUAUUUUUUACUGUAUUAACAAAGGCUAUAAUAUUUUGUGAUUAAUAAUCUAAAGGCAUUAGUUAGUUUUGCUUCCCACUAUUUACAACUAACCGCUUUCUAAUCCGUUUCCAUAACGGAAGCCUUGGUCUUUUUUAAAGCUUCAAUUGUUUUCUAAAAGAAAAAACCAUUUAAGAUUUCUAUUUGUAUAAUUCAAUCAAUACUUGAAUGAUUUUUUACCUUCUUUGCAUAUC